AUGAUGCGUACUGGACUGUAUUCAUUGAACGGUAUCUUGUGCUCCCAACGCGAUUUCGUUCUGAUCGCUGUGAUCAUGAUAUUCUAUAGAUACAAAAUGAAUCCAUACAAUCUGGCGACUCCUCUAGCCGCGUCUAUCGGUGACGUCGUGUCCAUCAGUAUUCUCUCCACCGUUGCAUCAGAAUUUUACAAAAGGCUGUACACAGAAGUAUGGAUACUGUACAUCGUUAUAGGAAUGUACUUGGUGCUUUUGCCGAUUUGGAUUAUAAUCGUGCUGAAGAACAAAUACACGAGAACAGUAUUAAAGUCUGGCUGGGUCCCCAUUCUGUCUGCUCUUAUGAUCAGUGGCGGAGGUGGAUUAGUUCUUGAGAGAAUGAUCGACUCUUAUAAAGGAUCUGAAGUCUUUCAAUUAGUCAUUAAUGGGAUUGGCGGCAACUUAGUAUCGGUGCAAGCGUCUCGAAUGUCAACCAUGUUGCACCCGACUUCUAUCCUAGGAAUUCUACCACCGCACGACAAAAUUUGUCUGACAUCGUGGAACGCGCUUUUCAUGGGAUCAAUAUAUGCCAAAACCGCAAGAUUGCUCCUCGCUAUGGCCACCCCCGGUCAAUUGAUCUUUGUUUUCAUCGCUAAUGCUUUAAACCCGGGCGAUUGGAAGAUACAUGUAUACUUUGUAUUCUUUUAUGUAACUGCUUCCUUAUUGCAAGUAAUGCUUCUGUUGUACGUGGCACACAUAGUCAUUCACGCGAUGUGGAGGUGCAAAACCGACCCAGACAAUUCGGCGAUCCCCUGCUUAACGGCACUGGGUGAUUUGAGCGGAUCGCUGCUCUUAGUGUUAGCUUUCUUCUUUGUAUAUUUGAUACAAAGACCAUAUUGUUUCGAUUAA